AUGGCACCAUUAACGCCUAUUUGGACCAAAGAACAAGUUGUAGAGAAAUUAACCAACAACAAUAAAAAGAAUAACAAUCCCUUUGUGUCUAAUGAUGAUUGUAUAAUUAAGCAGCUAUCUCAGAAUGAGUGUACUUUUGAUAGAUACACAGGAGAAUUUGUGUGUAUACCAUUUACACGAUUAUUUAAAGAGUGUCGAACAUGGAAAAAAGUUAAGCAAAAGGUAGAAGGUAGAGUUAGUGUUAAAAAAGCUCUUGUUAUUAAUAGAGUAGAAAUUACUGAUUUAGAUACUAAUGAUCGCAAUUUGUUAGAUAACGUAAAAAAGUUACCAUUAUAUGAAGAGUUAAAAAGAUGA